AUGUUUUUGGAUUUUGUUGGUUAUAGAAAUGAAUUAUCGAUGAUAUCCAUGAUACUUGGGCUUUUAAAUACUCGACUUAUUACAUUAACAACAACUUCAAUAAUGGGGGACGAUUUAACAGAUUGUCAAAGGUAUGCUCUUAUGUACCGUAAAGGACAGGAAGAUAUUUUGAAUGUUACUAUCAACAAAAUUGAAGUAAUGAAACGUAAUCUGAUCCAAAGAAUGUAUCAAGACCAACAAAAUCACAAAAUAGCGCCUUCUGCUCCUUUCCUUAGUAUUGUCAAUUCAACAUUCUAUAGUCACCAGUUAGAUAUGGAAGAGCAUCUACCAUUCAUCACAUUAGAUAAUAUUGUAAUUACUCCAACUAAAUUAUUAAAAAAGGAUUUGGAAUUUGCAACAAUUAUAUCCGAGAAUUUUGAAGAUUUAGAAGAAGAAGCAGAUUUAAUUAUGAUGCUAUGCUUGAUAAGAGAAUAUACAACUAAUGGAAAUAGUCCUUGGAGGGAAUUCUUUGAUAAAGUCAGAAGUUCAAAUAUUAUCGUAUCCGCAGACCAAGAAGCUGAUUUAAAAGACAUGUAUGAUUCAAUUAUCCCAGCCUUUGCUGAAGCUUAUCCUAAAGUGUUCAACUUGAACAGUUUUACAUUUGAAUUAUUUGUUUGGGCCGACCAUAUAUUAAACCAUUUUUCUAUAGAAAAUCCAUUUGCAAUUAUUCCAUUAUAG